AUGAGUCCAACCACCACCACAUUUUCACCACGAAAAUCAUUCCGUUUGAAUCAUUCCACAACGAAUAAUUCUUCUCAAAAUUUGAACAAUUCUGGAAUAUUACCUACCACUACUACUACGAGUAAUACCAUGAACAAGUUAGUCAUUGAAGGAAAAGUAGAGGAUUUACACAAUGGUUUCUAUCAUGUCACAUUCACACCUACCAAAUCUGGAAUGUAUUCACUUGAAAUUUAUUUAGCAACUGAUACAUCGAUGAUGGAUGAGAAUCACAAUGGUACUACUACUACGACUACUACUCACAUGAAUAGCACGACUACUACUACCACAAAUACCACCACAAAUACCACCACAAAUACCACUCCAACAACGAAUCCAAUCACUACCACCACAAAUACCACUACCACUCCAACUUGUUUACAUCUUCUCAAAUUAUGUCCUCUCUCUAUUCAUGUUCAAUCAAGUCCAUAUUCAGAUCCAUCGAAUUGUUUGAUUUAUGGUCGAGGUAUUGAUACGAGUGUGGCAGGUGUGGAGUCUGUAUUUUAUUUAUUUUCAAGAGAUGAAUUUGGAAAUCGAGGAUUAGGAAAUGAACUAUUUAAUGCUCAAUUGGAAUUUAUAGGUCAGACUGAACAUUUAAUGAUGAAUGAGAAUACUAUCAAUACUAUGAAUACUACUACUAUUAUGAAUAAUAAUACUACAAUUGACAAUACUACUACAAUGAAUACUACUGACAACACUACUACUACAAUGAAUACUACUACUACUACUGCUACUUCUAUCCACACGACAACACACAUUUCAUGUCAAUGUACAGAUUUUCAAAAUGGUAUCUAUGAAUUUAAAUAUUCAUGUCCAGUGAGUGGUUCCUAUCGAUUGACUCUUUCACUCCUUCAGAGACAACAAUUCAUUCCAGUGAAAAUACGAACCAUUCGAUCCUCUACGUGUGCACUACUGACAACAGUACAAACACCCUCCUCUUCACUUGCAGAAUCACAUGUGCCAUCACCUCGUAGUCUGACUCUUCGAAGACCACAACAACAACCAAAACAUUUUAAUAGUGAUGGUUCUAUUGGUGAAUAUUUAAAUUGCAAUGAUAUCAAAGGUGAGAGUAGUGGUGGUGAUCAUGACGAUGAUACUAUCAUCAUCCAUACCAAUACAACAACAACCAAUAUUGAAAGUGUCAUUCAAGAUCAUGCCAUUGUACUUGUUAAAGAUUUAGGACAAAGUGAUGCUAGCAAGUGUGAAAUUAUUACUCCCAUUCAAUCCUUGUAUAGAGCUCAUUCUGAAAUUCAAUCUUUUAUCAUUCAAGCAAGAGAUAAACAUGGUAAUAAGAGAUCUUCGGGAGGUGAAUUAUUCAAAGCAUUUUUGAUUGAUCAAUUAUUAUUGUGGUCAACAACAACAACAACAUUGAAUGAUCCAUCAUCAUUGUUACAACAACAAUUACCACAACAACAACAACAACCAUAUCAAUUACCACUUGAAUUAUUUGAUCACAAUGAUGGAACCUAUGAAGUAACAUUUAAUAUUUCACAUGCAUCACGCUAUGAACUAGUUGUAUAUUUGCAUGAUCAUGUCGUGUAUAAGAAGAGUAUCAUGGUGGUUGAUAGUGGUCAUUUAGAUCCUACUCAAUGUAAACUCAUAACAGUGAAUAAUAAGAAUGAUAAGAAUGAUAAGAAUGACCAUACUACUACUACUACUUCUAUUACUACUACUACUGCAGGUCAAUCUCUCGAUUUCAUGAUUGAAUUAUGUGAUGAAUUUGGAAAUACACUCAUUCAAAAUGAUAUGGAUUAUAGUGGAUGUUUUAGUGUCGUGUUGACAUCCAAGACCACUCUCGAACAAUACGAUCAUUCAGAUUUGAAGAAUUGGUGUUCCAUGAAAUGCACUCAACUCGAUACUUGUCAUGUUCAAAUUUCACUCACAUGUACACUUGCUGAUCUUUAUACUAUGGAAGUUUUUUAUUCUGAACAAGAAGAAGAAGAAGAACAUGAGAAUAUUCAUCAUGCUGAACAAGUCAGCACAAGGAUCACUACUACUGCUGCUACUAGUACGACCACUGCUACUACUACUACUACUACUACUACUACAACUAGUUCGACAACAAAUAGAAUUCAUUCCUUUCAAAGAUACACGAUUCAAGGAUUCCCAUGUGAUUUGACCAUUCUACCUUCUCAUUCCAUUCAUGACAUUCAAUUAUCAGGUGAAUGUUUGAAAUGUUGUAUUCAAAAUGAGAAAUCAACCUUUCAAAUGAUUUUGAAAGAUGUUUAUGGAAAUAUUACCACAUGUUGUUCAUCAUCCAUGACAAGAUCAGCAACAACAAUGAGUACUACUACUCAUGAUCAUUCGAAUAUACUUCAUGUUGAAUUAGUGAAUGAUCACAAAAAGCAACAACAAGAGAAUGACAGCAUUUUGACCAAUUCCAAUAAUUCUAAUAAUACUAAUAAUAAUACUAAUAAUACGAAUACCAAUACCAAUAAUACCAAUACUACUGCUACUACCAUUCUACCUGUUCAAUCUAUUGAAUGUAUCAUGGAUGGUACCAUUCCAUCAUCUGGAAUUUCCAACAAGAUUCUACCAAUACCAUCUCAUCAGGGAUAUUAUCUUGUUCAUUUCACACCUACUCAUUCUGGAACAUUUAAUAUUAUGGUUACGAUUGGAAGAGAAGGUGAAUCAUCAUCGAACCAUAGUAUUCUUGUAUCAUCGAUAUUUAUUCAACCACCUAUUCAUGUACCAAGUAUGAAUGAUGAUGAAAAAACAGGAAUGACAUUUGAUCGUGAUUUAUUAGUGAGUAUAUGUUCAGCACUCUCUCUUGAACAUGAAGAUGAUUCAUUGAAUGAAGAAAUGAAUGUAUUACGUGAUCAAUUAGUGAAACAAAUCAAGAAUAAUACUCGAAUUGAAAAACAAGUGAGAGAUAUUGAACGAAGAAUACAACUCUUACUUUAUAAUCAAGUGAAAAUGGAUCAAUUAUUACAAACGAAGGGAGGAUUGGUGAGAUUUAUCAUUUCAAGAAAGAGAUCAAGUGGUUAUGAGAGUGGUGGUGGUAUGAGAGUGACAAGUUUGGAUCCCUAUGCAAAAACGUUAUCUCAACACCACGAGACGUCUGGUGGUAGUCUUCAUAUUACCAACUCUACCAACACAGUAACUGGUAGUAAAAAUAAUUAUACUAUCAACACUCACAACACCAACAAUACUCCCAACACCCCCAACACCAACACCAACAACACCCCCAACAACACCACUCUACUCUCCCAAGACCAACCUGGUUCAUGUAUUACUCUCUUCUAUUCUCAUUUAUUUUACAUUUUACAAACAGAACCCAUUUAUUUGAGUCGUCUCUUGUACAUGGUCCCUUCCGACAAAUUAGAUACAUUUUUAGAAUCGGUCAUUCUCUCCCUGUAUGGGUAUGCCUUUAGUGCACGUGAAGAAUAUUUAUUAUUGAAAUUAUUUAAUCAUACAUUACAAAUGGAAUUGGAUCAAUCCUCAAAAGUGAGUUCCUUUCUCUCUUCCAAUCCUGUAUUGCCCAAAAUGAUACUCACCUAUGGUCGUCGUAUUGAAGGUAAACGAUUCUUGCAGAAAUAUAUUUUUGAACCACACAUUGCACCUCUCUUGGAAGAUUCAGAUUUGACACUCGAAUUGAAUGCCAUUAAAAUAUUGAAAGAACACAUUUCCAAACAAGAAGUUGAGACUGGUGUCAAGUGUGGUAUUAAUUUACGUGAAAUUACCUAUGAAAAGGCCAUGCAACAUGAUUUUAUUCGACGUAUCGUUGAGAAUCGUGUUCGUAAAUUGAGUGACAUUUGUUCCAAUGUGUUACGAGGUUUGUGUGAACAUGUGCAACACGUGCCAUAUGGACUUCGAUGGAUUUCAAAACAAUUUAAUACUCUUUUAGAAGAACAAGUUCCACACUCGACACCCAUUCAACGUGCCAGUGUGAUUGGAUAUUUAAUUUAUUAUCGAUUUUGUAAUCCUUCCAUUGUGGCGUGUGAUGCCUUUUUAUUGACUCGAAAAAAGAUUUCCUUGUGUAUGCGUAACAAUUUGGUGAACAUUUCCAAAGUAUUAACCAAUUUAACGAAUAAUGUCUUGUUUGAUUCCAAAGUAGAACAACCCAUGGUGGUCAUGAACAAGUGGAUUAAGGAUCAUCAACAAUAUUAUAUGGAUCAUUUCAUUGCUCCAUUGAUUGAUGUGGAAGAUCCUGAGGAGGCUCUUGGCGUUCAUCAAUAUUUGGAAUUCACUCAACGAGUCACUCCAACCAUUACCAUAAGUGUUCAUGAUUUGAUUCAAACUCAUCAAUUAUUAUGGAAGUUUAGAGAUCAAAUUUGUGGUGGUGUGAAUGGUGUGAAUCGUGUGGGUGGUAUGAGUGGUACGAGUGGUGUGGGUAUGGGUAUGGGUGGUACGGGUGGCACGAGUGGUACGAGUGGUAUGGGUACGAAUGGUAUUGUCAACAAUCAUGAUGGUUCACAAAACCACCACCACUCAAUGAUGGAUCCAUUGAGAGCUCAAUUGAAUGUAUUGGGAGAUCCAACACCCAUUCAACAUUAUAUUGCCAUGAAUUUGACACGAUCUUCUUUUCAUACGACAACAACGACGACAACGACGACGACCAAUGUUGGGAUGACCAAUGUUCCUUCUCCUCAACAACAACAACAACAACAACAACGAGAGACUCAACGAGAGAUUUCAUCAUCGAGUACUAGUAUCAAAGAUCUCUUCUCUUCAUCACCACCUUCUUCACCAUUAUUCUCAUCUCAGAAUAAUAUACAACCAUCCAUAUCCUCAAUUCAAUUGAAUUCUCUGUCUUCACAUCAGACCAGUAGUAGUAGUAGUAGUAGUAAUAACAAUAGCACCAACAACAAUAAUCAUUCAUCAUCUUCCUCUCAACUACUACACAUGAUGGAUGAAAUUCAAUUGAAACUCAUUGUACCACCCUCUCAACUCGAUCAAUACGAACAAGAUUCAACGAUUUUAGAAUCACCUCCAUAUAUUUAUGAACGAUCCAAGAAUAAUUUGAGAUCCAUCAUUAGAAAUGUGAAUUGCGAUUUGAUUGUGGAUUCCAUGAGUGAAACCUUACACAAUUGUGAAGAAUAUUUCAAGACAAGUAUGAUGGAAAUGACAAUGGUAACAACCACGAAUGGUUAUCCUAAUAAUAAUACUAAUAAUAAUAAUAAUAAUAAUAAUAAUAAUACUAAUAAUAAUAACAGAUUGAAUAUGGAUCAUCAUCAGACAGCGAUGGAUCAUCACACAACUAUGAGUGAAGAAAAGGCAAGAAAAUUGUUGAACAAAGUACAAGAUUUGAAACGAGAUUUGAUCAAAUUAGAAGAAUUGAAAAUACUAGUCCCCAAAGAAAAUAUCUCCAAAUAUAGAAAGUUAAUCAUUGACAUUAUUAAGGAAGUUCAAAAUAAGAAACGUAUGAGAGAAAAACAGAGAAGAGAAAUUCAAAGAUUACAAGAUUCUCUCACUCAACUCACAGAUCACUAUCAAUUCUUAAUUGAGAAAACAAAAUCACUUCGAGAAUUUAUUGAUGACUGCAGAAAGAGACAAUUUGAAUCUGAUCUCAAAAAGAAAAAGAAGAAUAAGAUUUACAAAUUCACCUACAAACAAUUACAUGACAAGAAUAAGGUGAUUCAUGAGAUGCAUCAUUUACACAAAUCCAAAAUGACAUUUUAUAUUUCCAUGAAAGAACCAGGUGUGUUUAGUGUAGAAUCGAAAUUGGAUGGAGAUGAAAUUACAGUGGGACAUUUCACACUGAUCAUUGAUGCACUGUUGGAUGCUCAGGAAAAGGGUCAACAUUUAUUGAGUGUCGAUGAAUUGAUGAAAGAGUACAACAACCAUCAUUCACAACAACCGCAACAACAACACCAGCAAAAGAAUAAUGGAUCUCCAACCAUGACACCUUCAUUGGCAUCAUCGACGGCAUCCUCGUCAUCCUCUUCUUCGUCAUCAUUGAUCACUACAGCAUCAGCAACCACACCACGCACGUUGAAGAAGGAGAAUCAUCUCACCACUCUUCCCCUCGACGAAGCUUGA